GCUGAGGUGACUUGCUUCCAGCUGGGCAGUGGCUGAGUCAGCCCUAGUGUUAAGCACUUGAGCAACAGGGUCCUCAGAGUCACAUCUUGGCCCUGCUGCUUGCCAGCUCUGUGCUGCACCAAGUUACUUCCCCUCCUCGGAUUCUCAGUUUCCUCAUCUGCUGCUUCCCCAGAUUUCAGUACUCACAAGGCAGCCUGUGGCACAGGACAGACUAGCAGCGGGGGCUACUCUAGGAGUUGAGAUUCUCUGCAGUAGUCAUGGACCAAAAAUGGAGCACUCACUGACCCCAGGAAAAACAGAAGAAGUAGGAACGAGUGAAGAAGAGGAGAGGACUCCCCAAGCUCUAAGGCUCCCUCCCUAGUUGGGGCAGGAAAGGCCCGCCUGGCCCUGGUGGACACAAUAACAAGGCUGUGGCCAGAAAAAGAACCAUGGCUUUGGAAGGUGAUGUUCAGGCUGCUGAAGUGGGAGCUGCCUUCAGUGAGCUCAUGCCUCCCUGGAUGUAGGAAGCCCAGUUGGGCAGUCAUGGAGUGGGACAAUAACACAAUCCAGGGCUUGAGCUUGCCACCCACUACCUGUGUCUACCAUGAGGACUUCAAGCGUCUGCUGCUGCCCCCUGUGUACUCAGUGGUGCUGGUAGCCGGCCUGCCAUUGAACGUCUGCGUCAUUGUCCAAAUCUACACGUCCCGCCGGGCCUUUACCCGCACAGCCGUGUAUACAUUAAACCUGGCCCUGGCUGACCUUCUGUAUGCCUGCUCCCUGCCCCUGCUCAUCUAUAACUAUGCCCAACGGGACCAUUGGCCCUUUGGGGACCUCAUGUGUCGCCUAGUGCGCUUCGUCUUCUACGCCAACCUGCACGGCAGCAUCUUCUUCCUCACCUGCAUCAGCUUCCAGCGCUACCUGGGUAUCUGCCACCCCCUAGCCCUCUGGCACAAGCGUGGGGGCCGCAGGGCUGCCUGGCUCGUGUGUGGAGCUGUGUGGCUGCUGGUGACAGCACAGUGCCUGCCCACAGCCAUCUUUGCUGCCACAGGUAUCCAGCGGAACCGCACCGUCUGCUAUGACCUCAGCCCGCCAGCCCUAGCCGCCCGCUACCUGCCCUAUGGCAUGGCCCUCACGGUCACUGGCUUCCUGCUGCCCUGUGCAGCCCUUCUGGCUUGCUACUGUCGCCUGGCUCGCCGCCUGUGCCGCCAGGAUGGCCCUGCAGGGCCUGUGGCCCAGGAGCGGCGGGGAAAGGCGGCUCGCAUGGCUGUGGUUGUGGCAGCCGUCUUUGCCAUCAGCUUCCUGCCUUUCCACGUCACCAAGACAGCCUACCUGGCGGUGCGCUCUAUGUCAGGUGUGCCCUGUCCCAUGCUGGAAGCCUUUGCUGCUGCCUACAAAGUCACACGGCCCUUCGCUAGUGCCAACAGUGUGCUGGACCCCAUCCUCUUCUACUUCACCCAGAGGAAGUUCCGCCGGCGGCCACACGAGAUAAUACAGAAACUCACAGCCAAGUGGCAGCGGCGGCGGGGUGGCUGAGGCCCCCAGAGAAGGACCUGGGGCCUGGAUGCUGUCAUGUUUGCCAUUGUGGCCAGGGUGCCCCACCAACCCCAAACCAUGCACAGAAUUAAAAUUCAGCUCAGCUGGGUAUGCAGCUGAGGUCCCAAA